GCGCGAGCGUCUGAAACUCAGCGGAGGCGGAGCUGCUGGUUUUGCGCGCCUCGGGUCUCCGCUGGAGAGGUAGUUCGCCACCGGGAGGAGCCUGAGGGGUCGGAUUUGUGGUCUAGGUGCGCGCGCAGUUCUUUGCAGUCUACUCCAGCCAAAAAAACAUCUGCAUCACUGGAGCGGACUUAUUUACCAAGCAUUGGAGAAAUAUUUUAGAGAAAAAUGCCUAUUGGAUCCAAAGAGAGGCCAACUUUUUUUGAAAUUUUUAAGACGCGAUGCAGCGGAGCAGAUUUAGGACCAAUAAGCCUUAAUUGGUUUGAAGAACUUUCUUCAGAAGCUUCACUCUAUAAUUCUGAACCUGCAGAAGAAUCAGAAUAUAAAACCCACAGUUAUGAACCAAACUUAUUUAAAACACCACAGAGGAAACUCUCUUAUCACCAGUUGGCUUCAACUCCAAUAAUAUUCAAAGAUCAAGGUCAAAUUCAAUCGCCUUUACAAGAAUUAGGAAAGAAUAUUACUAAUAGCGAACGUAAAAGUCGUCACACAAUGAAAGCUAAAGUGGGCCAAGAAAAUGAUGUUACCAGUCCUCCUCUAAAUUCUUGUCUUAGUGAAAGUCCCCUUGCUCUACAAUGUACACGUGUAACACCACAGAGAGAGAAGCCAGUGGUAUGUGGAAGUUUAUUUCAUACGCCAAAGCUUGUGAAGGGUCAGACACCAAAACAUAUUUCUGAAAGUCUAGGAGCUGAGGUGGAUCCUGAUAUGUCUUGGUCAAGUUCUUUAGCUACACCACCAACCCUUAGUUCUACUGUGCUCAUAGUCAAAGAUGAGGAAGCACCUGAAACUGUAUUUCCUAAUGAUACUACUACUAUUUUGAAAAGCUAUUUUUUUAACCAUGAUGAAAGUGUGAUGAAAAAUUAUAGAUUUAGUCCUUCUGUGUCUGACAAUGAAAACAAAAAUGAAAGAGAAACUAGCCAUCAUGGAUUGGGGAAAAUGUUAGGGAAUUCAUUUGGUAAAGAAAAUAGCUACAAAAAACACGUUGGAAAGUCAAUGCCAACUGCGCUAGAAGAUGAAGUACAUGAAAUAGUUGCAGAUAUUUCUGAAGAAGAUAGCUUUUCAUUACAUUCUUCUAAAUACAAAACAGGAAUUCUACAAAGAAUAAGAAUGGGCAAGACCAGGAAAAAAAUUUUCAGUGAAACGAGAACUGAUGAAUUCAAUGAAGAAGCUGAAAAACAAAUGAAAGAAAAUAAACACUUAUUUGCAUCUGUAAUAGAACCAAGUGGUAGUGGUCCUUUAGAUUCAAAUAUAACAAAUCAGAAGCCCAUUGGUAAUGAAAGUGACAAAAUCUCUAACGAAGUUGUACCAUCUUCAGGCUGUGAACAGUCUAAGCUAACCUUCUCAGGUCUAAAUGGAACCCAGAUGGAGAGAAUACAUCUAUUGCAUAUUUCUUAUGACCAAAAUAAUACAGAAAAAGACUUAAAAGACACCAGGAAAGAAUGUAGCAGUUGUAUUAUUUCAGAAAAUCCUUUGCCACAUACUUCUAGUUUGCCAAAUUCAAAAAAGAUAUUAAAUGAGAAGACACUGGUAGAUAGGAGAGUUGAGGGGCAACAUCUCAAAUCUCAUGAAGACUCCUUUCUUGCAGCAACCCAUGCACCAUCUGAAAUUUCUCCAGUAGUUUCUCCAUUUCAGGGUAUCAAAAAGUCUAUAUUCCAGACAAGAGAACCAUUCUCAGAUAAUAUGACAAAUCAAAAUUUUAAAGAAGACACUGAAGCCUAUGAAAGUGGAUUGAAAAUACAUGCUAGUUGCUCACAGAAGGACGAUUCUUUUUGUCCGAGUUCAGUUGAUAAUGGAAGCUGGCCGGCCACUAUCUCACAUACUUCUAAACAUACGGGUUUAAUAUCUACUUUGAAAAAGAAAACAAAAAAAUUUAUUUAUACUAUAAAUGAUGAAACAUUUCAUCAAGGAAAAGAAAUACAGAAAGACCAGAAAUUAGAGCUAACUUAUUCUGCAGCCCAAUUGGAAGCAAGUGCUUUUGAAGCACCACUUACAUUUACAAAUCCUGAUUCAGGUUUAUUGCAUUCUUCUGUCAAAAGAAACUAUUUACAGAAUGAUGCUGAAGAACCAACUUUGUCUUUAAUCAACUCUUCUGGGACAAUUCUGAGGAAAUGUUCCAAUAAUCAAGAUAGUCAUGUUAAUACAAUAGUAUCUCAGGAUCUUCAAGAAGGAGAAGUUCAUAAAGAAAAACCGAAGUCAUUUAUAGCCCCAGAAACUGAUUUUCUGUCAUGUCUGCAGGAAAGACAGUGUGAAGAUAAUGCAGAAAGCCAAAAAGUUUCAGAGAAAAAAGAAAAGGUCUUGGUUGCAGCAUGUCACCCUGUAGUACAGCAUUUAGAAGUGGAAUCUGGCGGCAUUCACUUUCCAUCACAGAAAGUCCUUUUAGAUGAUGAUAAUACCAAUACACUUUUGUUAACUCCUAGCUCCAGGGAUCCAGGCAUGAUUUCUAGAGGAAAAGAAUCAUACAAAAUGUCAGAGAAACUAAAAUGUAAGAAUUGUGAAGGUAGUAUUGAAUCAUCCAAAAACAGUCCCAUGGAAAAAUGCCAAGAAAUGUGUUUUCUAAAUGAAAAUUCCAAAAAACCUGAACUGUUAUCUAAAAAAUAUGUAACCGAAGUAUCACCUUCAAUGAACAUGCAAUUCAACCAAAAUAUAAACAUAACAGUAAUCCAAAAGGGCCAAGAAAAAACUCCUUUAAUUUCAGAAAUAACUGUCAAUCCAAACUCUAAAGAACUUUUCCCAGACAUUGAGAAUAAUUGUGUCUUUCAAAUAACAAGUGAAAGGAACAAUCGUGUUUUAGGAAAUACAAAGGAACUUCAUGAAGCAGACCUGAGUUGUGUAAGAAAAACCUUUCCUAAGAAUUCCACCAUGGUAGUAGAUACAGACAUGGCUGAAAAACAAGUAGCUCACGUGUCUGUUUCAGACAGUAUUGACUCAUCAGGUAUAGUCCAUGAUCUUACCGAGGAGAACAGAAAUAGGGUAAAGCAACAGCUAAAAAUAAUUUCAGGUCAAGAUUUAAAGGCAAACACCUCCUUGUCUUUGAAAUCAAAUAGAAGUAAAGGCUUUAUGGACAAAUGGGCAGGACCCUUAGAUCCAGUUUCGUAUCAUAAUGUUGGAGGUAGCUUCAGAACAGCUUCUAAUAAAGAAAUAAAACUCUCUGACCAUGACAUUAAGAAAAGCAAAAUGCUCUUCAAAGACAUUGAAGAACAGUAUCCUGCUAGUUUAGGGUGUAUUGAAAUUGUAAACACCUUAUCAUUUGAUAAUCAGAAGAAACUAAACAAACCUUGUGUAUCUGAUUCACAGUCAGUUAAUACUGUGUCUGCAUAUGUGAAGAGCAGUACAUUUCUUUCUGAUUUUGAAAAUAAUCACACAACCCCUCAGGUGUUGCCUUUAAGGGGAGAUUUUAAUUCAAACCAUACUUUAACACCUAGCCAAAAGGCAGAAAUUAAAGAACUUUCUACUAUAUUAGAAGAAUCAGGAAGUCAGUUUGAAUUUACACAAUUCAGAAAAACAAGCCAAAUAAUACAGAAUAAUACAUUUGAAGUGCCUAGAAACCAGACUGGCCUAAAGACCUCUUCUGAGGAAUGGAAAGAUGAUGUUCAUCAGACAAUUGACACCUCAUCUGUUGCUCAGGUAGAAAGCAGCAAAAAAUUUGAAGGUGCAGUUGGAGUUAAACAAAAGUUUGCUCAUUUGUUAAAAAAUAACUGUAACAAAAGUGCUUCUAAUUACUUAACAGAUGAAAACAAAGAUUUUAGAGGCUUUUAUUCUGCUCGUGGCACAAAACUGAGUAUUUCUAGUGAAGCACUGCAGAAAGCUGUGAAACUGUUUAGUGACAUUGAGAAUAUCAGUGAGGAGACUAAAGCAGAAGUAGAUCCUGGAAGUUUCUCUUCAAGUAAAUGUCCUGAUUCUAUAGUUUCCAUAUUUAAGAUGGAAAGUCAUAGCGAUGAUAACAAUUUAAACAAGAAAAAUAAUGAAUGCCAACUUACAUUACAAAAUAAGUUUGAAAUGGCUACUCACAUUUUGGAUGAAGAAAAUACUGAAAAUUACAUGAAAAACACAGAAAAUGAAGAUAACAAAUGUACCAAUGACAAUAGAAAUACUUGUAAGUUAGAAGAAUCUGAUCAGGGUGACUCAAGUAAAAAUGAUACAGUUUCUGGUCAUAAAGAUGAAAAUGACUUGCCAUGUACAGAUCAGCACAAUAUAGAUCUCAAGCUACCCAGCCAGUUUGUUAAGGAGGGAAGCACACAAUUUAAAGAAAGUUUAUCAGAUUUAACUUGUUUAGAAGUUGUGAAAGCUGAAGAAACAUGUCAUGUUAAUUUUUUCAAUAAAGAACAGUUGACUGCAGACAAAAUGGAGCAAAAUAUAAAAGAUUGUGGUAUUUUUGAUAUAUCCUUUCAGACUGCAAGUGGGAAAAAUAUCAAUGUCUCCAAAGAGUCAUUAAAUAAAGUUGUAAACUUCUUUGAUCAAAAAACAGAAGAACUGAGUAACUUUUCAGAUUCCUUGAAUUCUAAAUUACUUUCUGGCAUAAAUAAGAAGAAAAUGGACAUUUCAAGACAUGGAACAAUAGACAUGGUUAAAAACAAAAUAUUGAAAGAAGGUAUUCCAGUUGAUAUUGACAGUCAAUUACUGACUCUCCAGCAACAACCUGAAUAUGAAAUAGAAAAAAACAAAGAAUCUAACCUGUUGAGUUUUCAUACUGCUAGUGGAAAAAAAGUACAAAUUGCAAAGGAGUCUUUGGACAAAGUAAAAAAUAUCUUUGAUGAAAAAAAACAAGAUGUCAGUAAAAUCACCAGUUUUACUCAACAAGGCACAAAGACCCUAAAGGACAGAAAGGACUGUAAAGGGUUUGAAUUAGCAUGUGAGAUGAUAACUGUUCCAAAGUGUGAAGAAAUGCAGGAUUCUCUGAUUAAUAAUGAGAAAAAGAUUGUUUAUAAUGAGCCUGGGGUGUUACCCCGGCUAAGUGAUGAUUUAUAUGGACAAACUAAACAUCUCGAUACAUUAAAUAUAUCUCUGAAAGUUAAAAUGCAUGAACAUAUAGAAAAAGAGACUACAAACAGUCCUACAGCUUGUCGAACCAAUCAGUUUUCUUAUUCAGCCACUGGAGAUUCAGCUUUAGCAUUUUACACAGGACAUGGUAAAAAAAUUUCUGUGAACCAGGCUUCACUAUUAGAAGCAAAACAAUGGCUUAGGAAAGAAGAAUUAGAUGGUCAAGGAGAAAGAAAUACUGCCAAGGCUGAAUCUAUAAAGGAAUAUGGGGGAAAUCCUUUGUAUGAAAAUAGUUCAGACAGUAUCAUGACUGAAAAAGACAAAAUUCAUUUCUCUGAAAAGCAAGAUUCAGCUUACUUAAGUAAUAAUAGCAUGUCUAACAGCUAUUCUGCUUUUUGUCAUUCGAGUGAUGUAUGUGAUGAUUCAGGAUAUCUCUCAAAAAAUAAAAGUAAUUCUGAUAUUGAAUUAGUCAUGAAAGACAAAAAAAACACUAGUUUUAGAAAAGCGGACAUAUAUCCACAAAUUGUGAAUGAAGAUACUUCUGUACAGAAAUUUGUGACUAACUUUUCACCUUGCAAAAGUAAAGAUAGAACUACUAAUAUGGCCAUACCUGAUUUCAAAAGUUUUGAGAUAGGCCCACCUGCAUUCAGUACAGCCAGUGGUAAGAUAGUCUGUAUUUCACGUGACGCAGUAAGAAAAGUGAAAAAGAUAUUUACAGAAGACCACAGUAAUGUAAUUAAGGAAAACACUGAGAAUAAGUCAGAUAUUUGCCAAGGAAAAAUUGUGAAAGCUUAUAGUGAAGCACUGGAUAAUUUAGAGGAUGUUAUUUUUCCUAACUCUAUAGGUGAUGAAGAAUGUAUGCCUUCACAUAAGGUUUUUACUGAUAUUCAAAGUGAACAAAUUGUACAACAUAACCAAAAACUGUCUGGAUUGGGGAAAGUUUCUGAAAUAUCACCUUGUGUCAAUUUGGAAACUUCAGAUAUGUGUGAAUUUAACAGAGGGGAGCUUCCCAAGUCAUUCUCUUCUACAAAUGCUUGUGGGAUUUUUAGCACAGCUAGUGGAAAAUCUGUACAAGUAUCAGAUACUUCGUUACAAAAGGCAAGACAGAUAUUUUCUGAGAUAGAAGAUAAUGCCAACCAACUCUUUUCCAAAGUAUCACUUAAAAGCAACGAAGAACAUUCAAACCCGUUCACAAGAGAAAAAAGUACUAUGGCACAUGCCCCCCCAAACGUACUAUCACCCGGGAAAAGCUUUCUGUGUAACAUAAAUUCGUCUUUUUCUGGGUUUAGUACAGCAAGUGGAAAAAAGGUUGCAGUUUCAGAAAGUGCCUUACACAAAGUUAAGGGAAUGUUAGAGGAAUUUGAUCUAAUGGGAACUGAACAGACCCUUCAGUAUUCACCUACAUCUAGGCAAGAUAUAUCAAGAAUGCUUCCUCCUCCUCGUAUUGAAAAAAGAAUUGUGGAACACUCUGUAAGCUCCAAAAUGGAAAAGGCCUACAAUAAUGAAUUUAAUGAUAAUGUUGAAAAUGCUUCUUCAGGAAAUAAUCACUGUGUUAAAGUGUCUCCAUAUGUCUCUCAGUUGAAGCAAGGCAGACAACACCUAGUAUUAGGAACCAAAUUAUCACUAGUUGAGAACACUCAUCUUUUAGGAAAAGAACAAACUUUAUCCAAAAACAUAAUAGAAAUUGGUCAAACUGAGACCUUUUCUAGUGUUUCUGUGAAAACAAAUGUAGAAGUUUGUUCUACUUACUCCAAAGAUCCAGAAAACUGUUUUGAAACAGAAGCAGUUGAGAUUGCCAAAGCUUUUAUGGAGGAUGGUGAGCUGACAGAUUCUGAACCACCAACUCAUGCCAAACAUUCUUUCUUUAUGUGCCAAAAAAAUGAGGAAAUGAUUUUGUUAAAUUCAAGGACUGGAAAAAGAAGAGGAAAUGCCCUUGUGUCAGUUGGAGAACCCCCAAUCAAAAGAAGUUUGUUAAAUGAAUUUGACAGAAUAAUAGAAAAUGAAGAAAAAUCUUUAAAGACUUUGAAAAGCACUCCGGAUGGCACAAUAAAUGAUAGAAGAUUAUUUACCCAUCACAUUUCUUUAGAGCCAAUUAUCUGUGGACCCGUUCGCACAAUUAAGAAACAGCAAGAAACCCAGAAACCAAAUUUUACUGUACCUGGUCAGAAAUUUCUAUCUAAAUCUCAUCUUUAUGAACACCUGACUUCAGAAAAAUCUUCAAGCAAUUUGCCAGUUUCAGAGCAGCCACUUUAUAAAGAUCCCGCUACAAGAAAGGAAAAAAUGAGAUACUCAAUUACUACAGGAAAAUCAAACAAAGUCUUUGUCCCACCUUUCAAAACUAAAUCACAUCUUUACAGAGAUGAACAUUGUGUUUCCAAGAAUAUUAAUUUGUGUGAAAACAAACAAAAACAAAGAAACAUAAAUGAAUGUGGCUCUUGUAAUAAGGAAAACAAUAUUAACGAUAGUGAUAUUCAUCAGUUUGACAAAAACAGCACCAGUCAAGUAACAACUACAAUUGUCCCAAAUUGUGAAGAAGAAUCUUUAGAUUUAAUUAUAAGCCUUCAGAAUGCCAGAGAUAAACAGGAUAUGCGAAUUAAAAAGAAACAAGGACAACAUAUCUUUCCACAGCCAGGCAGUCUAUAUCUUGCAAAAACCUCCACUCUUCCUCGAAUCUCUAUGAAAGCAGCAGUAGGAGGCCAAGCUCCCUCUGCAUGUUCUCAUAAACAGCUCUAUAUGUAUGGUGUUUCUAAACAUUGCAUAAAGAUUAACAGCAAAAAUGCAGGGUCUUUUCAGUUUCACACUCAGGAUUAUUUUAGUAAGGAAGAUUUAUGGUCUGGAAAGGGAGUCCAGUUGGCUGAUGGUGGAUGGCUCAUACCCUCUAAUGAUGGAAAGACUGGAAAAGAAGAAUUUUAUAGGGCUUUGUGUGACACCCCAGGUGUUGACCCAAAACUUAUUUCUAGAGUUUGGGUCUAUAAUCACUACAGAUGGAUUAUAUGGAAACUGGCAGCUAUGGAAUUUGCUUUUCCUAAGGAAUUUGCUAAUAGAUGCCUAAAUCCAGAAAGGGUUCUUCUUCAACUAAAAUACAGAUAUGAUGUGGAAAUUGAUAGAAGCAGAAGAUCUGCUAUAAAAAAGAUCCUGGAAAGGGAUGAUACAGCUGCAAAAACACUUGUCCUCUGUGUUUCUGACAUCAUUUCAUCCAUCACUGACAUAUCUGAAACUUCUAGCAGUAAAACUAGUGGUGUAGAUGCCAAGAAAGUGGCAAUUAUUGAACUUACAGAUGGAUGGUAUGCUGUCAAGGCCCUGUUGGACCCUCCUCUCUUAGCCCUCUUAAAGAAUGGGAGACUGGCUGUAGGUCAGAAGAUCGUUAUUCAUGGAGCAGAAUUGGUGGGCUCUCCUGAUGCCUGUACACCUCUUGAAGCCCCAGAAUCUCUUAUGUUAAAGAUUUCAGCUAAUAGUACUCGGCCUGCUUGCUGGUACACCAAACUCGGGUUCUUUCCUGAUCCUAGACCUUUCCCUCUGCCCUUGUCAUCAUUGUUCAGUGACGGAGGAAAUGUGGGUUGUGUUGAUGUUGUUGUUCAAAGAGUAUACCCUAUGCAGUGGAUGGAGAAGACAUCUUCUGGAUUGUACAUAUUUCGCAGUGAAAGAGAAGAAGAAAAGGAAGCAGCAAGACAUGCAGAUGCUCACCAAAAGAAACUAGAAACCUUGUUUGCCAAAGUGCAAGCAGAAUUUGAAGAACAUGAAGAACACACAACAAAACAGUGUGUACCAUCACGUGCACUAACAAGACAGCAAGUCCAUGCUCUGCAGGAUGGGGCAGAGCUUUAUGAAGCAGUAAAGAAUGCACCAGACCCAGACUACCUUGAGGGUUAUUUCAGUGAAGAGCAGUUAAGAGCUUUGAAUAAUCACAGACAGAUGUUGAAUGAUAAGAAACAAGCACAGAUACAGUUGGAAUUCAGGAAGGCCAUGGCAUCUGCUGAACAAGAAGAACAAGGUUUAUCAAGGGAUGUUACAGCUGUAUGGAAGUUGCGUAUUGUUAGCUACAGGAAAAAAGAAAAAGAUUCAGCUAUGUUAAGUAUCUGGCGUCCAUCAUCAGACUUAUAUUCCCUGUUAACAGAGGGAAAGAGAUACAGAAUCUAUCAUCUUGCAACAUCAAAAUCUAAAAGUAAAUCUGAAAGAGCUCACAUACAGUUAUCAGCAACAAAAAAAACUCGAUACCAACAACUACCGGCUUCUGAUGAAGUCUUACUCCAGGUUUAUCAUCCAAGGGAGCCCCUUCACUUCAACAGACUAUUAGAUCCAGACUUCCAGCCACCUUAUUCUGAAGUGGACCUAAUAGGAUUUGUGGUUUCUGUUGUGAAAAAGAUAGGUCUUGCUCCUUUGGUCUAUUUGACAGAUGAAUGUCAUAAUUUAUUGGCAAUAAAGUUUUGGAUCGAUCUUAAUGAAGACAUUAUUAAACCUCAUGUGCUAAUUGCUGCAAGCAACCUGCAGUGGCGUCCAGAAUCCAAGUCAGGAAUUCCUACUUUAUUUGCUGGAGAUUUCUCCACGUUCUCUGGCAGUCCAAGAGAGGGCCACUUUCAACAGAGGUUAAACAAAAUGAAAAAUACUAUUGAGAAUAUUGACAUAUUUUGCAAUGAUGUAGAAAAGAAACUUAUGCAUCUACUUAAUGCAAAUGAUCCCAAGUGCUCCACCCCUAAUAAAGAAUACACAUCAGAGCCACACACUACUCAAACAGUCCUCAGUACAGGAAAUAAGUUUCUGAUGACUUCUCCUAAUAGUGAGAUAAAUUAUCAGAGUCCAUUAUCACUUUGUACGCCAAAAGGGAAGUCUGUGUCCACGCCUGUAUCCACUCGCAUGACCUCAAAGUCCUGUUCUAAAGGAGAGAAAGAGAUUGACGACCCAAAAAACUGCAAAAAGAGAAGAGCCUUGGAUUUCUUAAGCAGACUUCCUCUACCUCCGCCUGUUAGUCCUAUUUGUACAUUUGUUUCUCCUGCUGCACAGAAGGCAUUUCAGCCACCACGAAGUUGUGGCAGCAAAUACGAAACACCUAUAAAGAAAAAAGAAUUGAAUUCUCCUCAAAUGACUCCACUUAAAAAAUUCAAUGAAAUUUCUCUUCUGGAAAGUGAUUCAAUACCUGAUGAAGAACUUGCACUGAUAAAUACUCAAGCCAUUCUGUCUGGUUCAGCAAGAAAAAGUCAACUAUCUCUCAGUGACUCCAUGAGGACUGCCCCCUCGGGUUCAAGGGACUCUCUUAGACAGAAAAGACACAUGACAUCACUGGUCAGAGAUGAAGAGAAUUCCCAAAACAGCACAGAAGAAUGUGAGACCAGUAUUCAGGACACAAGUGCAAUAAGUAAUAUGUCUAAGAGAUUGCAAAGGCAACAAAAAUGAAGACAAUACAUUAGUUAUUGACUCGGUCUUUCCAGUUUGUAAGACAUGCACAGUUUCAAACUGCACAUCAGUAUUUGUAUAAAAAGACAUGAGAUGGUUUCAGAUUUACCGAAGUAUUUGUAUGUCAUAGAGACAUUCUUUCCUUGAUUCUAUUCUGGUAUGCUUUUAUUUCAAUUGUCUACCUUAACUGUAUUCAGUAACUAAUCCAAAAAAUCUUAUUUAAAUCUUUGAUUGGAUUGAAUCACUACAGUGUUAUAAAAAUAAACAAACAGACUGUUUUCUUUUA